AUGUUUAGCAAAAAGCUGCAAGAGUUGGAGAAACAGCUUCUCGACGAUAACGACGAGGACGACGAAGGCGACGCUGAGGAUUCUAUUAGUCCAGAAGUAGAGAAGCUGAUGGCUUCACUUCUUAAAGGUGGUGUUUUUCUUCUUGAAAAUGUGAGGUUUUACAAGGAAGAAGAGAAGAAUGAUCCUGAGCAUGCAAAAAAGCUUGUCGUUUUAGCAGAUCUUUAUGUUAACGAUGCAUUUGGGACACAUAGAGCUCAUGCCUCAACUAAGGGAAUCACAAAAUUCUUGAGGCCAUCUGUAGCCGAUUUCCUUUUGCAGAAGGAACUCGACUAUCUCGUUGGGGCAGUAUCAAGCCCCAAAAGGCCAUUUGCUGCCAUUGUUAGUGGUUCAAAGGUCUCAUCCAAGAUCGGAGUGAUUGACAGUUCGGCAUUCUCACCCUGUAUGUUUGGUGAAGAAAAAUCAUUCAACCACAAAAAUGGGAAGAAAAGCAAGAAAAACAUGUGA